GCCGAAGUUUCCAAUCGGCGAGGUCGGCGCCCGGACUGUCCGCGAAGCGCUGCGCCGAGGGAGCCAGCCGGAGGAGGUGCCGCCCCCUCCUCCCUAAGGCCCCGCACCCGGGACCCGCUGCCGCUGCAACUGCCAGGGCCGGACCAUGGACCUGGAGAGCAAAGUCAAAAAGAUGGGGCUCGGGCACGAGCAGGGAUUCGGUGCCCCCUGUUUGAAGUGCAAGGAGAAAUGCGAAGGGUUUGAGCUGCAUUUCUGGAGGAAAAUUUGUCGGAACUGCAAGUGUGGUCAGGAGGAGCACGAUGUCCAGACCAGCAGCGAGGAAGACCACAAGGUGGGGAGGCUAUUCGAGGACACCAAGUACACCACCCUGAUCGCCAAGCUGAAGACGGACGGGAUCCCCAUGUACAAGCGUAACGUCAUGAUCCUCACCAGCCCUGUGGCGGCCAAGAAGGACGUCUCCAUCAACACCGUGACCUACGAGUGGGCCCCUCCUGUGCAGAAUCAAACCCUGGCCCGGCAGUACAUGCAGAUGCUCCCGAAGGACAAGCAGCCCGUGGCCGGCUCGGAAGGGGCACAGUACCGGAAGAAACAGCUGGCCAAGCAGCUCCCCGCCCAUGACCAGGACCCGGCCAGAUGCCAUGAGCUGACGCCCGGUGAGGUGAAGCAGAUGGAGCAGUUCGUGAAGAAAUACAAGAAGGAGGCUCUGGGCGUGGGCGACGUGAAACUUCCCAGGGAGGUGGACGCAGGUGGCGCAGGAGACCAGAGCAAAGCGGAUGGUGCGGACCCGGGUGCGGAUCAGGGCACGGACCGGGGCACUGCUGCGGCUGUCGGGGCACUGGAGAAUAAAUCUGCAGCCCCUAAAGCAGCCCAAUAUUCCUGCUACCACUGUAAGCUGUCCAUGAAGGAAGGCGAUCCGGCCGUGUACGCCGAGCGGGCCGGCUACGACAAGCUGUGGCACCCGGCCUGCUUCGUGUGCAGCACAUGCAACGAGCUCCUGGUGGACAUGAUCUACUUCUGGAAGAGUGGUCGUCUGUACUGCGGCCGGCACUACUGCGACAGCGAGAAGCCACGCUGCGCCGGCUGUGAUGAGCUGAUCUUCAGCAACGAAUACACCCAGGCGGAGGGCCAGAACUGGCACCUGAAGCACUUCUGCUGCUUCGACUGUGACUGCGUCUUGGCUGGGGAGAUCUAUGUCAUGGUUAACGACAAGCCCACGUGCAAGCCGUGCUACAUGAAGAACCACGCGGCGGUGUGCCAGGGCUGCCAUAACGCGAUUGACCCCGAGGUGCAACGCGUAACAUACAACAACUUCAACUGGCACGCGACGACGGAGUGCUUUCUCUGCUCCUGUUGCAGCAAGUGCUUGAUCGGUCAGAAGUUUAUGCCCAUUGAAGGGAUGGUCUUCUGUUCGGUGGAGUGUAAGAAGAAGAUGAUGUCCUAAGGAGUGAGCCUCCGGUGAAGAUCGAGACACCCCUGGGCUCCAAAGAGGUCUGCACUUCUACUGUAAAAUGAAUUUGGGGUGUGGGGAAGUGACGUCGAAAUGAUCUUAGAAGUGAAUGCAGAGUGUGUGGUGUGUCUAAAUGCAAACACAAUGUUUAUUCUGUAUGCUUUCCUUUGCCCUUUCCCUUUGUGAUAUUGGUUUAAGUGGGUACGGCCAUUGCCCUGAACAUUACUGAAGUGUGGACGUUUGUGUUCAGGAAGUCAAGGCAUCUAUAUACUGAUUAUUGCCCUAACCCCCAUCCCAGUCAGGGCCAGGUUAACCCAGGGGCUCAAAGGACCCCAGUUGGCGGUUUUUAUAAAUUCAACCCAUGCCAGCAUAUCUUGGCUUUUAAAGGGUAUACUCCCCUUUAAAGUUCAGGGAAUCGAGCAGCAUGAGAGGAGCUUGCUUGUUCCCAGAAGUUUCUUUAAAAAUCUCCUGCCUCAAUUAGCCUACCUGAGGGUGGAGUGAUUAAUGCAAACUUGUGCUUAUUCCACCAGCCCCAAGCUCCCCAUCUCCAAGAGGAACCUUGCUAAUCCUUUGUUUGGGAGAGGUCACUGAACUGAUAGUACCUAGGAUGGGGGAAAAUUGUUUAAGAGGUGUAGAGGUGACAUCCGCUGGCCAUGUGUAUGUUUAUUCUUCAGGGUGUCUUGCUGCACUUUGAGGGGUCCCUUAAACUUGGGGGGCAGAGGGAGGACCUCCUCGACCCCACCAGACCCCCACGGCCAGCUUCGCUUUGGUAAGUGCAAGCAACAGGGUGCAGCAGGGAGAGGGAGUCUCCUCACUCCUGCUUCUUCCUUCCCAUCUCCUUCUUCACUCUCCUUCCCUCGCCCCAUCCCCCAGACAAAAGACCUUCUGGCCCCAACUGCUUAGGCCACCCAAGGUUCCCCUACAUUUCUGCUCUCACUCUGGCGGGUGAGGCCGUAAUGACAUUAUUGAGGAUCUCUUAGGGGCCCCCGCUAGACUCUCCGUCCCGAGGCCCCGACUUCUCUUAAUGCCGUCUUGCCUGGAUGCCUAAUCUCCUCAGCGAGUCUCCUCGGCACUAAUUGAUCCAAGAACUGGACCUGCCUGGCUCAAGUUGAGAAGGGUGGAGCGAUUCAGCGUUGGUAUGCCCCAAAUCAACAGGACAGGCUGCUGGUCCAGGCCGGAAGGACUAAAUGGGGUGUCCACAUGGGGGGGCCUUGACCAGUUACUGUCAGGCUUGAGUAAAUGUUCCUCGGUUGCCCCUCUCCUGUGGCUGUCUCUCUCCUCUGGCCUACCCCUUGGUCUCGCAGCGAUGCAAUGCUUCAGGUCUGUGAGUUUGUGGGAUUCUUCUGGGUCAUGUGGUACAGUGUGGCCUUCCCUGGGUGGGUUGAAACUCUGACCAACGGCAAUAAGACUUGAAUUUCCAUCAUGGGUCAGAGUGUCUGCUGACCUUUCAGAAGCUCCUUAGAGCCCCCUUUUCAGAGCAAAGCCAAAUAAAUAUGGGCUAUUAGCAUUUGUCUGAUUUUUAUGUAUUAGUCCCUGGGGCCUCUUUGUGUGUGCACUUUUCUCUGGAAGACUUGGUCUUUGACUCCUAAUUCUGGCCGAUAGAAUACUUUUUUUUUUUGUCCUCCCCCGACACUUCGCCCUUGUACGUAAGUUGCCAAUGAUGAACCAGAACUGUCUAUUUACAAAAGCAUGGAACUGUGCACAUGUAAGUGGAGUGUUAUGUGUAUUAACACUCCCAAUUAAAGGCUUUGAUCACAUA